AUGAUAUAAACAACAUGGUGGACACUACAAAUAUUUGUACUUAGAUAUUAUAUUAAAGCCAAAUAUCAUGGAUGUUCGAGAGCAACUUAGACUUCACAGACGGAACAGACUUAGAGGGUCACCAGUUAGAUUUUAUGAGGACAAUGAGAAUGUUGUAAAUACUUGGGUUGGACCUGUAAAUACACAGCUUUAUGGAACUGGUUUGCAAACUCUUUGUCAUCAGACUUCAGAUAAUAUUGAAAGAUUGCAAACAACAAUGUCGAAAACAGAUCCAUGUUUUGAGUAUGGCAUGAAGCACUGGCACACAGAAACAAGACCAAAGUCAUCAAUGAGUUUUAAUGAAGGAAGUGUUGAUUUUAAAGGAAGAUGGAAAGAUGCCAAUGUUAUGUUUACAGACACAGAAACAAUUAAAAACAUUGCCACACCAAUGAAUGAUAAUGAAUCAUUGUCUUCAUAUUCAGAAACUCCACUACCUCCAAAUAAAUUUUGUUAUCUUUGUACAACUAUGGAAGAACACCAAAGACACAUGCAUCUACACAAGAUACCAAAGAGACCAUCAACAGGAAAAACCAAGAUAAAAUAUAUUGCUCCUAUGCCAACACUAAAGAAGAAAGAGGAAGUGGAAAUUGACACAACAUUGUACGAGCGUCUUUACAAAGUGGAUGUUUACACUGGAGAGUCAGGAAUCAAUGCCAAUGUACAUCUUACCAUCAAGGGCAGCAGAGAUGAGCUUCCAAAGACACAACUGAAGAAAGGAAGAGGCUCAAUGAAUUUUAUCUUCAUGAGAGAAACUAAAGAAACUUUUUAUUUGAAGGCUCCAUUUCUGGGAGAGUUAGAAAUAGCAACAAUUGAGCAUGAUGGUUUACAACAAUCACACAAAUGGUACCUAGAGAAGAUCAUUAUAACUGAUGUUAAAUCAGAACAGGUUUGGGAGUUUGAGUGUUUUAACUGGUUGUCGCUGCAUAUAAAAGAUUACAGAAUAAAGAGAGAUUUAUUUGGCAAAAAGACAGGGAAAGCUGCAUUGGAAGUUUAUAAUGUACAGAUAUACACAGGGAAGAAGGCCUUCUCAGGAACUAAUGCCACAAUAUGUAUGACCGUAUUUGGAACUAGAGGUGCUACUAAUAAACUUAAGUUUGUUGACCAUGACAAAUCAAAAUUUGAGAAAGGACAGAUGGACAGCUUUGAUGUGUCCAGUAAAAACUUGGGAGAAUUAAGAAGAAUCAGAAUAGAACAUGAUGCUAAGGGAUUUGCUUCAGGAUGGUUCUUGGACAAGGUUAUCAUUAGUCAGCGGGACGAUCCACGUCAGAAAUAUUAUUUCCUGUAUAAUGGUUGGAUUGGAAAAGACAUUGGGGAAGGAGUAUUGUAUAGAGAUAUACCAGCAAAGAAACAUAUACCUAAAGAAACUGAAUUUGGUGGACAAGCAGGACAAAAGACAAAGUACAUGAUAUUUAUAAAGACGGGUGAUAAGAGAUAUGCUGGGACAGAUGCAAAUGUUUUUAUACAAAUCAACGGAGAGAAAACCAUGACCAAGAAAAAAACUCUUGAUGACGAAAAAAAUAAUUUUGAGAGAGGUCAACUUGAUUCAUUCCAGUAUGAAGAUGUUGAUGUUGGCCCUAUCAAGACCAUUACAAUAGGCCAUGAUAACUCUGGACCAGGGGCAGGAUGGUAUUUACAAGAUGUAAAGAUAAAACGUUACCUGCAGAGGAAAGAGAUUGUUGAAUAUCUGAAGAAAACAAAGAAAGAGGCAGAAAAAAUGAAGCGUAAAAAAAGAAAAGGAGGUAAAGAUGAAGUGGAUGAACUCGAAGACAGGAUGAAAAAAUUGAUGAAAACAGGUUCAAAAUAUGAUGAUGAACUUUCCGACAAUGAAGAUCUGAAAGGGAGAAAAGGCAGAAGAUCAUCGAAAUCUCGUUCAAAAUAUGAUGAUGAACUUUCUGACAAUGAAGACCUGAAAGGGAGAAAGCGAAAAAAAUCAACUAAAUCCCGUUCUAAAUACGAUGAAAGUUCUGAUGAAGAGGAAGAACUCAGAGGUAGGAAAGGAAGAAAGGAAAAGAACAAUAAGAAAGCACAGAAAAAGAAAAGAGGGAAAAGAGAUUCUUCUAGUAGUAGUGAUUCCAGUGAUAGCGAGGAGGAAUAUAAAUCAAAAGACAAAGACAAGAAAAAUCAACGUAGAAUGUCUGAUAAUAUUGUACUCAAAGUUCCUCUGUAUGAGGAAUAUGUUUUUCCCUGUAAUGCAUGGUUUGCAAAAGAUGAGGGUGAUGGGUUAUUUGUAAGAGAGCUCAAGGUUAAAGAAAGGACAAUGUACUACAAAAAUUAAUAUACUGCUACGCAAAUAGAAAUUUACUCAUCUGGCAAUUUGAUAUCAUCCAUUAUAUUUGUUUCCUAAUUGGAUCAGUUUAUUGUUGAAAAAAAAUAUGAACGAAUGGAAAUUAAAAUCUAAAGUUUGAAAAAAUUCAUUUUGGUAAAAACAUUGUAUUUUAUCUCCAUUUUUUUAUUUUUUUUAGGAAAGGGGAGGGGGAGGAAGUUGUCCUAUUUCAUUUAUUGUCUGUUUCAUCCAAUUUUGUCAGAAUGGAUAUAUCAUUCUAAAAGGUGAUAAAACUGAAAAGUUAAGUGCUUAUUUAUAUUUGCAAAAAAUUGAUGUCAGUACCUUACAAAGGGUAAUAAUGUCACAAAUGGCAUUUAUAUUAUUAUCAUAAUUAGUGUAGUCAUUGUUUAAGACAACAGUGUAUUGUCUAAAAUCAAUGAAUGUGUAGAGUUGUUUAUCUUACAAAUGGAACCAUAUACUGUUUAUUCAGAAAUUGUUGCAUGCAUUUUAUUAAUUGUCGUGAUUUUUGAAGAAUGGACAAAAAUGCGAAAUCAAUUAUUGCAAUUUCAGGAAAAGCUGCAUAUAUAUGUUAAUCAGAUAUCAGAAUAGGAGUUCUUAUUAUUGUGAUACUCACCCAGUUGCAUUAUUCUCAUUAUUAAAAAACUCGCAAUAAUUUCUGACAAUACAGUAUCCGCCAACUAAUUUUACUUGCAAGGUGGAAAUGCAAAAAAUUGGAAAAUUAGAAAAUAUAUGUAAGGAUAAUUCAAAUUUUAGAAACAUGUGAAUGUAGAAAUGAUAAAGAAGAAUGUAUUGUAUUAUUUUAGAAUUAAAUGUUUAUUAGGUCAUAAAAUUUAGUCAUACCAAAUAUCUUGAGAAGCAUUUGGGAAGGGCUAUUCCAUUAAAAUAAAAUGUGAGGGUAGAAAGGGAAGGGCUAUUCUAUUUAAAUAAAAUGGGAGGGAAGAAAGGGAAGUUCUAUUUUUAACAGGGGUCUUUCAGAAUUGUUUAUGUCAAUAUGUUGUAAGCAAAAUUACUCAAAGAAAGAAUGAUGUAAGUAUUGGGGGAUUUGGAAGACACUACCUACCUACCCUCCUAAAUCUGUUAUAAUGGAAUAGCUUGCUGAAAAGCUUGUUCAAUGUACAGGUAACAAGGUUGUGAUGUUUAAAGAUGGGACAAGUCUAAGAGUUUCUGUUGUGCUCAAUCUGAUUGUAAUAUAGAUCCUGUGUCCAAGCCUCACAUUCAAGUAUCUGACAAUAUUUGGUUCUACUUUCUGUUUUAACUACCUUUAGAGAUUCUCUGGUAUUGCUGUAAUGAUACACACUUUCAAAACUUUGUAGGCAGGAAUUUGAUUGGUUGAUAUAUUAAAUACCAGAACAGAAAAUAGAUUGGAGUGUUGUCAGACCCUUGUAAGCAAAGUGUGGACACAGGGUUUGUAUUUUAUUCUGAUUGACUUGUGCUUUGACAAUUUUUAUUAUGCUCAAUUGUUAUUAGUUUUAUUGUUCUGUUGCAAUAUUUUAUGUUUAAGAAAGUAUAUUUCUAUUAUAUUUU